AUGGCCAUACCUACUCGACCACCGCCACCACCUCCACCGCCACCGCCACCCCCACCGCCACCACCACCCUCGCCACCACUACCACCGACACCACCACCACCACCGCCAUCUCUACCAUUUGGGCCUAAUCUUUCUGUACCCGAUAUCAUCAUAAGAAGAAGAAGAAGAAGAAAUUAUAAACCACUACGGAUGUUGAGCUGGUACUUGCUCACCCUAAUGAUGCGUAAAAAACUCCAAACCCAAAUCCAAAAACCGGAAGAGACACAAGAGGAGUGGGUGAUUUGGAUCAAAGACAAGAUGGAACAAGUACUUAGAGAGGACGCCACAACUAGUUGGGACAAGCUCUGUAUCUACAGAGUUCCACAUUACCUUCAAGAGAAUGACAACAAGUCCUACUUCCCUCAGACAGUCUCGCUUGGUCCAUACCACCAUGGACAUGAACGUCUCUUGCCCAUGGACCGUCACAAGUGGCGUGCAGUCAAUAUGGUCAUGGCACGCACCAAGCACAACAUCGAAAUAUAUAUUGAUGCCAUGAAAGAGCUUGAGGAAAAGGCUCGUGCUUGUUACGAGGGUAUUAUUGAUUUGAACAGUAACAAGUUCACACAAAUGCUGGUUCUUGAUGGCUGUUUUGUUCUUGAGCUCUUUAGAGGAGCCAAUGAAGGGUUCUUGAAACUCGGAUACGGUCGUAACGAUCCGGUCUUCGCAAUGCGAGGAUCAAUGCAUUCAAUUCAACGUGAUAUGAUAAUGAUGGAAAAUCAACUUCCUCUAUUCGUACUCAACCGGUUAUUAGAGUUACAACUUGGUCCACAUAACCAAACCGGUUUAGUUGCGCAAUUAGCAAUUCGGUUCUUCAACCCGCUAAUGCCAACCGAUAAGCCAUUAAACAAAACCGACCAGGUACAACCUGAGAACUCGCUAGAAAACGAUAAGUUCUUUAACCCAAUUUCUGACAAGGAUACAGAAGAGUUGCAUUGUCUGGAUGUUUUCCGUCGAAGCUUGCUUCGGCCUAGUAUGAAACCGGAGCCGAGGAUAUCACGAAACCGGUGGUCAUGGAAAACGCGUGUGGCGGAUAAACGCCAACAACAACUGAUACAUUGCGUGACAGAGCUAAGAGAGGCCGGUAUUAGAUUCAAGAGAAGAAAAACCGACCGGUUUUGGGAUAUUAGGUUCAAAAACGGUUAUUUGGAGAUACCCAAACUACUUAUCCAUGAUGGUACCAAGUCUCUCUUCUCGAAUCUAAUAGCUUUUGAACAAUGCCAUAUCGACUCAAGCAACGACAUAACAUCCUACAUAAUCUUCAUGGACAAUCUAAUAGAUUCUGCCGAAGAUGUUAGCUAUUUGCACUACUGUGGUAUCAUCGAGCACUGGCUAGGAAAUGAUUCUGAAGUUGCGGAUUUGUUCAACCGACUAUGUCAAGAAGUGGCUUUCGACCUCCAAGAUAGUUAUUUAUCAGAAUUGUCGAAUAAGGUUGACCGUAACUAUAACCGAAAGUGGAAUUCUAUGAAAGCGAUCUUGAAACACAAGUAUUUCAACAAUCCUUGGGCAUAUUUCUCUUUCUUUGCUGCAGUUCUUUUGUUGAUUCUCACAGUAUUUCAGAGUUUCUUUACUGCUUUUCCUUAUUUUAAACCACCAUCUUAA